AUGGAGAAGCGUUCUGGCCUCGCCUUCGUCUUCGUCUUCGUUCUUUGCCUUUCGCUCUUUGGUUUCGUGAGCGCCCAAACGGAGAAGAAACAAAUCUCGUUGGCGGCCCACGAGAGAUUUGAACAUCUGCGGCACACGUUCGCGAUCGAGGAAGAGGGAAGUGAUGGAGGGGAGGGCGGGCACCUGGCGCCGUCGCCCUCGUGGGAAUGCGACGUGUGCGAGGAGCUGGUCAAGGAAAUCGUGCCCAUCUUGAACUACAACCGAUCGAUGGGAGAAACCCAAUUUCAUCGCGAGAUGGAUGAUCUCUGCUUCUACGAGAUCAUCGUCAAGAGGCAGCAGCCCCAACAGGCGUGCGCCCUGCUUGGCUAUUGCGAUCAACAACAGCGCACGCCAGGUCCCGCGAGGAGCGAGAGCGAGGUGAAGCAGCAGUCUGCGAGCGCUGGCCCACGCCACAACCAGGAUCAGGAGCUGCAGAGCGACGCCUGGGCCUUCGUCGUAUCUUCGGACAUGCACAUCGGCCAGGAGAGUGACAACGCGCCCUGGCUCAAUCGCGUGGCGAUCGAGAAGAUCAACAACCUCACACGACAGGAGAACAUUAAGAUGGUCUUCAUCACAGGCAAGCGACACUUAACCUGCUUCGACUCUCUGUUUCACCGACCGGCGCUAACCCGAGACAUCACGAACUCGGCCAUGCCGGAGCAGUGGACCAAGGCCAAGGAGGUGCUGUCCCACCUCAAGGUGCCCUACCUGCCUGUCUUUGGGAACCACGACAUCUGGAGCUACAACUCCACCUACGAGGAGCCCUACCCGACCGUUCGAUUGGGUUCACCGGACGAUUGGGCGGCGGCGGGCAACAACGCAGGCGACUUCAAGUUCGCUGCGACGUUUGGCGACGUGCUGGCCGAUCCUGGUAUUCCGGCGGCGCGCUACAGCUACAACAACAAGACGACGUACAACCCCGAGCACAAUAUCAACUCCUGGUUCCAGAAUUGGGAAUUGCAGUACGACAACUUUGUGUUCUAUGGGCUCGACUGGAUCAGCAGAGCGCAUGCGGUGAGCCAGUUGGGCUACAAGGGCGGCUGGCCGGGCGCGGCGCUGCAGAACUUUCCCGGCGGCACCUACCCUUGGCUCCAGCAAAGGCUUGAGGCGUUGAAGAACGACAACAAGACCGUCGUCUUCCUCCAGCACCACCCCUUUGCCAUGCCCAUCUACAUCCCCGAGAUCAUCUACUCGUUCUCCUACGAGGACAAGACGCAGAUCCUGAAGCUCAUGAUGGCGAACGGCCAGCAAGACAAGUACUGGGGCGUGAUCGCCGGGCAUCUGCACAUCUGGUUCGACGGCCAGGCGUUCCCCUACACCCACCAGAGGCAAUGGCUGACGGAGGCGACGAAGACGGGGUCGUCGUUCACGCUCGUCAAGGUGCGCGACGGCCGCAUCGUCUCGCUCGAGAAGCUCUUUGGCUACGACUACUAG